AAUGUGACUGUUACAAUUGUUCAAGGCCGAUAAUAAGCAAGUCCUUAAGAUGGGCAAUUCCUACUUCAUAGCAACUUGAGAAUGGUAUUAGUCAUAAGAAAAGAGAAGUAAGAUGAACAAUUGUUGCUGCAUGGCAACUUGAAGAUAGUGUUAGUCAUAAUAAAAGGGAAGUGGCUUGCAUUGACUUUGGAAUGACUAGGAUUUUAAGAGGAAAUGAAGAUCAAGCCAAUAUUAGACGAGUUGUUGGGACAUAUGGCUAUAUGUCCCCUGAAUAUGCAAUGGUAGGAUUAUUUUUAGAGAAAUCCGAUGUGUUCAGCUAUGGUGUAUUAUUACUAGAGAUGUUCCAUCUUCAAACUAAUCUUUACACUUUCGAGGCUUGGAAAUUGUGGAAUGAAGACAAUGUUUUGGCAAUGGUAGAUAAGUUGGUUUGCGAUCCAUGUCACCAUAGAGAGAUUCUAAGAUGCAUACAUGUGGGAUUGCUAUGUGUGCAAGAAAUGGCAAAAGAUAGACCAACAAUGUCCACAGUCAUUUCAAUGCUCAACAGCGAGAUUGUGGAUCUCCCUUCUCCAAAACAACCUGCUUUUAUUCUAAAACAGAUUGCAAAAGAUGCAAAGUCCCCUUCUCAGCAUGGUCAACGAAGAUGCUCCAUAAACGAUGUGACUGUUACAAUUGUUCAAGGCCGAUAAGAAGCAAGUCCUUAAGAUGAGCAAUUCUUGCUGCAGGGCAACUUGAAGAUAGUAUUAGUCAUAAGUAAAGGGCUGUAGCCUAC